AUGUGCCCCAAUCAGAGCACUAGCAUGAUGAGCAACAACUACCUCUAUGGGCCCCUGCCAGACUGCAUCUUCGACAAGUGUGUCAAUCAAAUCGAUGUGAGCGGCAACAGCCUGUACGGGCGCAUCAACCGCAACUUCAGGAGCAUGGUGGCGGAUGGUGAUGCGCUCAUCAACUUGGCUCACAACUUCUUCUUCGGUGAUGCCGUGCUCCUCGCUGCCGGCUGCCAGGUCUGCCCCAUCCACAUCAGCAAGCCCAACAACCUCGUCCUGGGAGACACGGGCGUAGGCGCUGUUGGGAAAUGUGCCACCAGCUUCACUGCCAUACGAGAUUACUCGGUGGCGGGGGCGGGCAAGGGUGCGAGGGUGAGUGUGGCGGGCAACUGCCUGACGCUCAUCCCGGACGCGGAGUGCGCAGCCAACGCCACCCAGCGCAGCACGGCAGCCUGCCAGGCGUUCUGCAGCAUCACGGACAACGGCCCGUGUGACGGCCAUGGGGAGUGCGUGCCGCCUGCCCCCGCCUCCCCCUCCAACUUCACCUGCCUCUGCCACGCCGGCUACUCGCCUCUCGACUCGGGCAACGGCUCCACCUGCGCUGUGGUCAACUCUACCACCACCACUGUGUCCUCGCUCUCCACGGGCGCCAUAGUGGGCAUCGCUGUGGGCUGCUUCGCUGGCUUCGUUCUUUUGGCGGCUGUCCUCACAUGCAUGCUGUGGCCCCGCGGACCAAGGAAGUGGGAGGGGCUGGAAGUGUGUGAGCAGUACACGCUACACCAGAUGGUGAAGGCCACGGACAACUGGGCCAAGGAGAACGAGGUGCGGGCCAUGGCGACACUCAACCAUGUGAAUCUGGUGCGUCUGCUGGGCUUCUGUGUGGAUCAGAAUGUGGAGACGGGCAAUCAGGAGCAGAUCUUGGUUUAUGAGUUCGUCGCUAACAGAGACUUGCAGUACCACAUUUUCAAGACCAAGAACCCUCUUUCGCUGCGGCAGCGACUGCGCCUGGCGCAAGGAGCUGCAGAGGGGCUGGCAUACCUGCAUGGGUUUGAAACGCCCAUCAUUCAUCGCGACAUCAAGCCCGCCAACAUCCUCGUGACGGCCGACUUUCAAGCCAAGGUGGCUGACUUUGGGCUGCUCAAGUGCCUCACUCACUGCGAGGGCGAUGCCACCAGAGUGGCGGGCACUCCUGGCUAUGCAAUCCAGAAGGUUGAGGCAUAUGCACUGGAAGAGCUCAAGGACAGCAAGCUGGACGCAAGUGAAGAGGCCAUAGUGGCCUUUGCCGACCUCGCUCUGGACUGUGUCAAGAUGCCGGGCACACGGCGGCCCGACAUGAAGGCCGUGGCUCACUCCCUCAACGCCCUGAUAGAGAAGUUCUGCCCAGACAAGGAGCCGUGCGAGUUAGUGGAGAAGCUUUCAUCCUUGGGGAGCCAAUCCAGCCAGUCUGCGGUUCUCUCUAGUGGAACUGAAGGGCACAGUGGCACCAACCAGAGUGGCAGCUCCUCCAAUGGCCUUGGUUCCAGGUUCCGUGUGUUAGACAGCUGGAUGCAGCAUCGAUUUUCAGAAGGCUAUUGA